AUGAAGGAAGAGAUGAAAAUGAAUUGUUUCGGUGGGGGUCUUAUUUCCGCUCAGGAAAGCAGGAGAAAGAAGAAGGAGUAUAUGGACACCUUGGAACGUAAGGUGGAGAUUUUGGAGUCUGAGCGUUCACAAUACCAGGACCACAUUCAGAAUCUGGAGACUACCAACUCAAGCCUGAUGGCGAAGGUGCAGAAUUUGAGACGCCAAUUGGACCAACUCAGUGGCGGUUCGCCUGCCAAAAUUGCUCGCCGCAGUUUGUCGACCCAGACCGGGGUCACUUUGCCCGCCAACGACCGCGUUGAUGGAUCCGCGAAGUCGGAAGUGCUCGACGUGCCACAACAGCGUCGCGUGAUGCCGUUACUCCGGAAGCAAGUGAACGGUGCCACAGUGGAACUUGAAAGCUCGUGAUGCCAUCGAAGGCGCCGAAUUUUGCUUCAACGGCCCCGUUCAUCGUUGUACAGUGCUCGAAACCGAGAAAGAAGUGCUUUUGUUUUUUUGCGUAUAUGAUUGAGCGGCGGUUGAGGCCGGUCGCAUUGUUUGCCUUUUCUUGUUCCGCUUGUUUCGAAAAACGGAAGAAAAAAAACUCAUAUGUGGUCUCACCUGGAUCGAUUUCGGCCGUAUCAUUUUCCCCCCCUCUCCGCUGGUUAACGAGUGCCUUUUUCGACUAUUUUCUGCGCGGAAUGCUUGAAUGUCGGUGUUAUUUUUUUUACGUGAGAACUCUUUCCGAUUGCUCUGGAAAGUACAUAGAUCUCAUCCGUCCCCGGGGAAAUCGCUAGUGGUUUAAGAUGACAGGAUUUUUGCCUUUUCUUGGGGUGCGGGGGUCAGCAGAGCCGGGGUUGAGUUAGUUGCAAGUUUUCCGACGGUGUUUUCUCGGAUUUUCGAAACUGAGAGUCGCCACCUGUCGAAGUCCUUGGACAGCUCGCGGCACUUCCGACGGCUCUAGUCUUCCAUUGGUCUCAGCGAAUGCGAGGAAUGAAGAGAUUUUUUUUGCUAGAAAUUGGAUAAGACUGUAUGGGGGAUUCGAAGAUUUUCGUUUCAUGACGGAGACGGAACUGUUGAUUGUUGCAAAAGUAAACUUACUUUACCGUACCUAUUAUUUUCCUCGUUCGUUCGUUCGUUUUGAGUCGAGACUGAUCAGUUUUUCUUGCCUUUCUUUCCCAUUUCGCCGUUGAUCCGGGGUUUAUGAAUAGUUCGCGAUUCCGGCGAGAAAUUCAAGACUUGGUCGGGACGAACUGGUGCUGUCAUGUUCCCACUUGGACACGCACGAAAAAUGUUCACGUGCUCAUUCGGUUGUAUGAGCUAAAAAAAAAGUCCCUUCGCGAAACCGACUGACUUUUUGUUUUUGUUCGUUUGUCGUAUUUUCCAAGUUUUUGUUCUUUCCCCCGCGGUAAAUCCGAAUUAAACUCAGGCGGGAAUUGUUGUUUCACGUGGGUAAUUGCCGUGUUUUUGUUUUUAAAAAAAAUUUGAGCGAAAAUUAGGAAUUUUCAGGAUUUUUGUCUUGUGCCUCCAGGUCUCGCGUUAGGCAGAAUUUCAGUGGCUGCUUUUUCUGAGCAGAGUCCGCUUUUGUUAGCUGCGCAUUACGCACGAGAGCUUCUCGUGGUUUGUGAUUUUGUCAUGUAGUCACUCAUUGCCUCCCACUGGCGUGCUUCUGUUAAUUUUUGUUCUCUUGAAAUUGACGGCGAUUGGGAAUAGUUUGUUCGCGUUUGCAGUGACGGGAUUUUUAGGUCAUUCCAGGGCCCAUGCGUGGAGAAAGAAAGUUCGUUUUUUGUGUGACGCACGGUGAUGACUUUUUCUCAUAAUUCAGUUGUGCCUGACCAUUAUUUUUGUUUUUGGUUUUGUUUGCGGACUGUUGCGGGAGUGAUUGACGCGUUUCCCUCCGACGAAUUUUCUUCGAAAAAGGGGGAUAUUUCUUUUUCCGACCCUUUGAUCUCUGGUGUGAGAAUAGAAGCUUUCUUUUCUUUUUGUCCGCCUCGCGUCUCGUGGAAGGCGGGACGUACGUAUUUCCGGUUCUAGAUUCUCUCCUUCGGUCUCGUUUUCGUUGACUCGCUGACGGUGCUUCACCCCGGCCCCCGUGUAUACAUCAACCCUGUGAAUACUGAGCCCGUGAAGUUUCGACGGAACCCAGCUCGAACUGCUUUCACUGACUGGCCGAGCAUUAGGGCACGGAGAAAUAUGCGACGAAGGAAUCCCGACCGUGAGGCGGCACAGUAUUUGUUCGGCGGGAGAAAAUUGUCUUGUCAUCGAGCGGGAAGAAAUCGCGGUUGAAUGAAUGGAUGGGCUCCUUAUGAUCUCAAGGCAAAGAAGUUCUCUUUCGCGUGGUGGUUUAAGAAGCAAAAAUUGCUCAUUCAACUUGGUACAGCUUUCCUGAAAAAUUUUUUUCAAUCUUUCUACGGUUUAUUUAUCAUCGCGAUACACUGGAAGUCCUCAUGAGAGAUCGCUUGUACGCUUUUGGUUUAGUUUUGUUCGAUUGCGGUGUGCUUUUUUUUUAUCGGUAUGUCUGGGAAGCGUCCCAAGGCGGCAUUGGUUUCCGGCAAUCGAUCUGCAGGGAUUGCGUUGGAAAUUUUUUGUUACGGAAUGAUUUUAUGUGUACAGAUGGCUUAUCAUCGCUUCUGUCGAAGCCCGUGUUUGUCGUUAUUCGGUGUCGAAGGUGUGUGUGGGGCUAUUGUUUUGUUUCUGGUGUGGAAAAACUGAGAAUUGCUGCUCCUUUUUUCUUGUCCGUUCAUCUUUUUUUUUUUUCUUGUGAGUUCGGAAAGUUCUGGCAAACAAUCCUUUUACGUUUCGAGUGAUGCAAUUUAUUGAUACCUCUUUACUUUCGGGAGCUUCUGCAAUUUUCAUUUUUCUGGAUGAUAUUUGUUCGUGGUUUGUUCUCGUUUAUACUUCGCUAGUGUUGAAUCGGCGCGAACGACUGGGAAUCACAGCCGCCGCGAUGGAAGUUAUGUGACUGGAAAUGGUCACUCUUCAGUUUCUGAUGGAAUAUACUUGUUUCGAUUGCCGAAAA